AUGCGUACAGUCCAACGCAUUUGGCAACGGGGAAAAGAAAAUGAAGUUUUGGAUUCUAACACUAAUGUAUCUAGCAGAAAGGCACUCAAUUGUGGGCGCAAGCGUCUUGAAAUUGACAUCAGUCAAUUUCGAAAUAUUCCAUUGCGAAGAAGGACGUCACUGAGGUCUUUAUCUGCUGUCACAAAUUUGUCAGUGACAACAUUGUUUAGGCGAUUAAAAGAGGGCUCCAUACGUCGUCAUUCCAAUGCUAUAAAACCUUUAUUAAAUGUGGAAAACAUGAAAGCUAGAAUACGCUUUUGUUUAUCGAUGAUUGAACAUGGCAACAACCCCAGUUGUUUGAGGUUUGUAACCAUGGAAAAUAUUAUUCAUGUUGAUGAGAAGUGGUUCUACAUGACAAAGCAGUCAGAGAAGUAUUACCUCCUGCCUGACGAAGAUGAGCCUUUACGCACAUGUAAGAGUAAGACUUUUAUUGCUAAAGUCAUGUUUCUGGCUGCAGUGACACGCCCAAGGUUUGAUGAAUCAGGGAAUGAAUUAUUUUCUGGAAAAAUCGGGAUAUUUCCUUUCAUAAAUAAAGAACCUGCAAGGAGGAGUAGUAAAAAUCGUUCUGUCGGAACCAUGGAGACUAAAACAAUCAAUUCUAUCAAUAAGGAAAUUUAUCGAUCUUACAUAAUUGAGAAACUCUUGCCGGCUAUCCGAGAUAAGUGGCCAAGAAUUGAUGCAGGAAGUCCAAUAUUUAUCCAACAAGACAAUGCGAAACCUCAUAUUGGUUUGGAUGAUGAGGACUACAAUACCCGCAACUCUAUAGAUGCGCUCAUAAAGGCUGUUCAGAAGUCAUUUGAUGAAUACUUGCCAACAAAAUUGAAUCAUACGUUUUUAACUUUACAGUCAUGUAUGAUUUCAAUUUUGAAAGCUAGAGGUUUGAACAAUUAUAAGGUUCCGCACAUGAAAAAACAUAGUUUGGAGAGACAAAAUUGCCUUCCUAGGCAGUUAGAUGUUGACCCCGCGUUAAUUGGAGAAGCAAUUGCUCAAUGUCAAUAA